GGCAGGGGCUCCCAGUCCGCUAGCGAUUGCUUGGUUUUGAACUUCGACCGGAACGGACCAUCAUCUCUUCAGAGGCUGGUUGCUAACUGUGGACUUUUUGGUGGACUAAGCCGGGACUCGGUGGCCCACCGUAGCUCAAGCUGCCUUUUGGCUGCUGAUCAGGAUUGACCAGUCCAACCGACCCUCACGACUUACUUUGCCUGGUGCUUCCUCCACAUUCUUCCCCUCCACACGAACCACCCCCAAAGGAGUUCUGGAAGGGAUACUGUCAUCGCCAAACCGUUUCUUCUGUUUUAUUCUUUUUUUUUUUUCAAGUCCGUUCAUUUCCUUUUAGAUACCCUCGGAUUGUGUCGUUUGUGUUUUUUUUUUCUUCCCUCCGUCUUCUUCUCUGUUAAAUUGCUUUUUUUGUCCCUAUUCUCUCUGCCGCUUUGCGCUCCGUGUUGCACUGCCCCGGUCCCUGGUCUGCACUACACCCAAGAAAGCUGCGUGCUGUGGCCGUAGUGGCUUUCCUCUCGUUAAGCCUCUCAGAGAGUCUUGUGUCUCGUCCGGUCCAGCCAUCCACCGCAGCCUCCUUUCGUCCGCCUCCGAACCCGACCGGCACCAUGAACAAGCUUGCCAACAUGCGUCACUGGUCCGAGAGGAUGACCCCGGCCAGCUUUGGAAUGUCGUCGCGCCCGAAUGGUCCGAUGCCUGCCGUCGGCCCAGGUCCUCAUCAGAAGAUGGCUUCAACAAGCGCCCCUCAGCAGGGCCCUCCCCACGUUUUGGAUUCGCCAUUACACUACUCGUUCAACGUGCCGUUGUCCUCCGAUCUAGCAGGCCCCGACACCGAAGACAUACUCCACGCAACCACUGACGCCGUCCUCCGCUGGACCCACCCCGAAGAUGCUCCCGACGACGUGCCCGUUCAUGAACUCCCCGUCCACGCUCACAAUCUGUCAAACCUGCGAAAGCUAUGUAAAGACUUCACCACGAGUCCACUCGACAUCGAAGCCCAUGUCAUUUCGACAACACCAAAGCAUGUAAAGGGACAGGUGACAACAGUCUGCUUAUCAGGCGCGCCUGAACUCGUCUACCACGCGAGAGACACAAUAUUAAACGAGACACCACUGACCCUCCGUUGCACCAUCAUCGACAUUGAUGGAGAUAUGUUUCUCGACCCGCAGACUGGAGGUCUCAAGGCACCCGUGACGAACACCCUGGACUACACCUCGAGCUUCUGCGGUGUCGACAUCUUCCUCCUCGGGCCCAAACUCACUCCGCUCGCAGAUGGCCUGAAUGGUGACAGUGAGGUUCGAAGGGACCAGCGCUGGAGGUUGGCCAUCUACGGCGAUCAUCUGUCCUCCGAGCACGCGAAGACUCGGCUCCUGAUCCAUAUAGACCAAAUGGUAUUGAAAUACAAUCCCUCGCGUCUUGGCCGGAUUAUUGAUGGAUUGCACGCAGAGUUGACCUUGCAUCAACCUCUUUGUGGCCGCAACAGGAAAACCAUCAAGCUCAUUGAAUCAACGACGCGUACUGCCAUCUACAUGCCGCCAUCGUUUUCUUCGGUGUUCCGAUACUGCCCAGUCAAUGCCCAAGCGCGCGACCCCAACCAGAUCUUCAUCACAGGAGAGGACCCAGCACACAUCGAACUCGCCAAGAAAAAAAUGCACGAGGUCCUCAACCGGCUGCGGCUCUUUGUGAAGGAAGUCGAGAUUCCUUCGGAGAAGAUUGACACCAUUCUUCUCAGUCGUAUGGACAAGGUCCAAAAGAUCACCGAGACUUUUGGAACCUACAUCUCGUUCCCACCUCUUGGCUCCCGCAAGACCGUAGUCAGAAUUCAGGGGCAGGAGAAUCUGCAUAUUGAACGGACGGCGCGGGAGCUCAUGGCUCUUGUCGGACAAUUUUACAGUGGCUUUUGGUCCAUCACCCAAACCGAUGCCCGCCAACACCCAACCGCCCAUGACAUCCAUACUAUGCUGGGUGACAUCUGCGCCAACUCGGAUGCAGAUAUAUCAUUCCAAAGGCUGGCUUUCAGGAUCACCGGAUCUGAUGACGCAGUCAAGGCUGCUCUCAUGGUAUUGUCUCAGAUCAAAUUUGCCUCCCAGUCAACGUACCAGAUCAAGGUGAAGAUUGAACUUGCGAAUGAGCACAAGGAGUUUGUUAGUGGAAAGAAGAAUGGAAAAAUCAACAAGAUUAUGGGACAGAGCAGCGUUCAGAUUAUGUUCGAGGGAUUCGGAGAGUACAACUUCAACAUCGACGUGAACGCCCAAUCGUACGAAUCCAUGAAGCAAGGUCUCUCGCUCGUGGAGCAGGAAAUGCCAGCCUCGAUCUCCUUCCAUGUCCCUGAUCAGUACCACAAACGCAUCAUUGGGAUCGGCGGCCAGCAUAUCCAGAGAAUCAUGAAAAAGCACUCGGUUUUCGUCAAGUUUUCGAACGCUAUGGACCGAGGUUCGUAUGACAAGUUUCGAAUGUACGGAAGGACCAAGCUAACUUUCGCAGGGGGCUUGCGAGAGGAGGAUGACAUCCGCGUCGACAAUGUGAUCUGCCGCACACCGGCUCGCAACGCUCAGAACCUGGAGCUAGUGAAAUCCGAGAUUUUGGAGAUGGUGGACAGAGUCGACUCGGAGUUCACCUCGCAGAUUGUCAACGUCGACCGCCUCUACCAUCGCCAACUUCUCACGCGUCUCGGUGAGAUUGAAGGUCUUGAAAAGAAGUGGAACUGCAAGAUCGUGUUCCCUAGUACUGAGCAGGCCAGCGAUGAGGUUACCGUCACUGGUCCCCAGUGGCAGGUGCCUCAGUGCGUGGACGAGUUUCUGGGAAUGGUUUCGGACAACCAUGAACUGGUCCUGGCUCGCACACCGACUUUGAUCAAGUAUCUCGAGUCUCCAGAGUUUGCUCAUGAUAUCGUGACGAAGCUUAAGACCCAGCACGAGGUUGAGGUCACGGUACACCACAACAAGGACGAGUUGACGGAGGAGGGCGAGCCCACAGUGACCCUACUGUGGACUUUUACCCGCAACAACGCUGGCGGUCUGCGUGACGCCAUUGAAUUCCUCCAGAAUCAGUUCGUCACCAAUGGUGCCGAGGUCAACGUGAUUAAGGGGUCUAUACCCCGCCCGAAGUCUGAUACUUUUGAAGAAUCGCUGCCUUUCUUCAACUCGAGGCUUCUUCAGCAUGCGCCAACGCCAGUGGCCACCGAUUCACCCACUAAACUAGCCUUCAGCGACGAGGUGGCUCGGGAGCGCAGCACCCUUUUUGACCGUCUCCGAAAGCCUGGAAGCAUGUCGAGCAUCUCGUCUUUCCUCGACCGCCGAAAGAAUAGCUCCCACGCAGGAGCUAAUCAGUUUUUCAAGGGAUCCAGCAACGUCUCCAAGUCCUCGCUUAUCUCUAUCGAGUCCACGCGCAGCUUCAAUGCUGAUCGAAACCCCUGGAAUGACAGCGGAGUUAACCUUGCGGACGAUGAGCCGUGGCCUGCCAGGCCCUUUGGCAACGGCAUGGAUCACAAGCUGACUGUCCCCCAGCCAGGCGAUGUGACGCCUCGCCACAACACCCGGCCGUCUGGCGACAGCGGACGGCCGUCGACUUCUCAUUCUACGAAUUCAGGAUACCCCGGCCCGGUUGGGCCUUUCCAGCGAUAGAUUCUUUCCAAAGUCUUGUCUCCUUGUCGUUUUUAGAAGCUCAUGCACGACACGAACAAAAAAAAAUACCCGGCUGGAUAUACCCUGGCGUGAAAAUACCCCCCUGGUUCUGCUACAUGUGCUUUUACCUAGUUUGUCAUUAUUUUGGUCUUAUACCUGUCAACGUUCUGCAUGUCUGUUUUAUUUUCUAGGACAACUGCUUCUAGGUAGCCACGUCCCGUUACCUUUUUGGUCACGUCUGUCAUGCAUUGUUUAUUUUCUCUCUGUCUCCCUUUAUUGCCAUGUCAAUCUCUUAUACCGCCUUCUAUGAUUGUUCCCAACCUCUCUUGAUUGACGUCCACUCCUUUAUACCCCAUACCGUUUUGCAUGACGGUAACUAUUCAUAUUUUAAAAUCGCUGUUUCCAGUUUCUGCCUAUAUAUUUAUAUCCGGGCCUUUGCUUUGGCCGACUAAGGUGAGGCGCAACGUUGUAAGUCUGGCCAUUUCAAAGAGCAUGGCAAUGAUCCAUGAAUGGGGGAAAUCUAGAUCUACCGGGCUUUUUUGUGAGACUAGAAGGUAUGAGCGAAGGAAUGGUUACGCGAAGUUAUCCAUGUAGAGCGGUAUGGAAAAUAUUUCAAUUUACUGUGCGAAACUAGCAGUCCGUUGAUUGUCAGCGUUAGCUAAAGGUUACUUGAUGCCUAAGUUAUCUGAUUACAAA